AUGCCACCUGCAGUAGUGCCAGUUGAAGACGGCAGCGCUGGCGAGGCCGCCGGCGUGGAGGUGACAUAUUACAGCUGCCAUGUCGCGUGGUUUGCGUGGUGGAACCACGUCCGGUGCGUCCUCGCGUCCACGUUCCUCCCGUGGCCCCCGGCGCCGACCACAAAAUCGGCCAUCGUUCGUGGCACGCUCUUCGUGCCCUCCGCCGGUGACCGCCGCGUCCGCCUCUUCCUGCAGGAGCACGGGCCCGCCGCCACGGACCAACCAGUGGACCACGACGAGCAUUUCCUCGUCCUCGACCUGCCGGCUGGCCUCGGCGGUGCGGACAUCGCCGCGGCGGGCAGGAUCGUGCUCGAGUACCAGCGCCAGUGGGCGCCCAAUGCCUCUCCCCGCUGCGCGCUCCUCGACUCGCCCAAGUGGCUGGUGUACUGCAAGGGCACGCGCGUCGGGUACGCGACGAGGCGGGAGCGGCCGUCGGAUGCGGAGGGGUGGUUGCUGGAGAAGCUGCGGGCCGUGACCGCCGGCGCUGGCCGCCUGCCCGGCGGAGGGGUGGAAUACCUGCGCGGGAGGUUCGAGAGGAUCGUCGCCUCGCCGGACGCGGAGUCGUUCCACCUCACUGAAUGGCCGGGAGUCCACGGCGGCGGCUUCGACGGCGGUCUUAGACUAGCCACAAUGUUGCAAAAUGCCGGUGCCCAAACGCUCUCUCUCCUCUCCAAGCAUCGAUGCCUAACAUUGUGGCCGAUGCGAGUGAGAAAACUGGGGCACGGGUCAAGUAGGUUCACCGAUGCCUCAAACAUAAAAAAAAAAAAUCACGAUGCGAAUGAGAAGGAAGGGGAAAGGGGGUGUGGCUGGGGUCCACGCAUGUUCUAA